AUGAGUUUUAACAGCACGGCAUUACCUUCAUCCAAAAAGACUCACCUGGAGAAACACAAGCAAAUAUUGAAACAAUUGUUAAGAGAAGAAGCAAAUAAAUCAUGUGCAGACUGUAAAUCAUCAAAAAAUCCAAGAUGGGCAUCAUGGAGUUUGGGUUGUUUUAUUUGUAUUAGAUGUUCAGGGGUUCAUAGAAGUAUGGGUACUCAUAUUUCAAAAGUUAAAAGUGUUGAUUUGGACGCAUGGACUGAUGAUCAAGUUGAAAAUAUGGUUAGAUGGGGUAAUCAAAAGGCAAACUUGUAUUGGGAAAGUAAAUUACCAGACGGUUACAUUCCAGACCAACUGAAGAUUGAAAAUUUCAUUAGAACUAAAUAUGAAUUGAAGAAAUGGAAAGAUAGUCAAGAUAUUAGAUCAUUCAAUCCUGCAACUGUACAAAAAGCUGCACCAUCACCAUCACCAGCUUCAGUUGCAACACCAUCACCAGCAUCAGUUGCAACACCAUCACCAGCUCCAGUUACUCGUAGUACUACAUCUAGUUCUACUAAUUCUUUUAGUUCAUUUAGCUCCAGAAAUACUUUACCUGCUGCACCUGUGAAAGUCACAACUUCAGCACCAACUCCCCCACUUCCACAACAGCAACAGCAACAAGCACCAUUAUUUAACCAACCACUUCAAUCUGCACAAAGUACUGGUGGAAGUAUAUCAAGUAAUGGUAGACCAGACUUGAAGAAAUCAAUUCUCUCCUUAUAUUCUUCCCCAUCAUCAUCAUCAAGUUUUAUCAACCAACAACAACAACAACAACCACAACAAUCAACAUUUCAACAACAAGCUAGAGUACAACAAACUCCAAUGACUUAUACUCCUCCACCAGCUCAAUCUCAACCUAUGGUCAGUAGAUUGGAUGAUGAUUUGUUCAAGAAUGUAUGGAACUAG